AUGCAUUUCUCGAACUCGAUUCUCUUCGCCGCCGCCGUGGGCGCGGGCAACGUUGCCGGCCACGCUAUCCACCACCGCCACUCCCACCUCCACAAGGAGCGCGCCGUGGGCGACAUCGUUACCGCCGUCAUCAACGGCCAGACCCAGACCUGGGCAAACACCUGGUCCGGGGCCACCGCCGCCGCCGCCGUCGACGAAAAGGUCGCCGAGGUCACCGCCGCUGUCGCCGCAGCCAGCCCUACGGCGGCGGCAGAGGAGAAGGCCUACCCCACCACGGCCGUCGCGGCCUCUGCAUCGGAACCCGAGGCCACCGCCUCGUCCUCGUCCUCGUCCGAAUCCUCAGGCAGCACCGUCGCCAGCAGCUACAAGGACUUCUGCGCGGGCAAGGAGAAGCGCGCCACGGUCGCCGAGAUCGCGUACGUGGGCAACACGGGCGCCUGCGGCUGGGGCAGCAACAUCAUGCUAGUCGCCGACGACAUCGCCGACCAGUACGACUACACGGUCAAGUUCACCGGCGAGAACACCGAGGAUUGGAAGGUGGUGUGCUGGAACAAGAUCGGGCCCGACGGCCUGCCGGACGGCUGGUACAACGGCAACGUUGCCGUCGAGUUCACCCUGGCGCCCGGCGCCGCCCAGUACAUAGCCAUCGACCACAACAGCCAGGGCGGCUGCGCCGCCGCUGUGGGCACCACGAUCCCGAAGGAUAACCAAGGAGGAUACGCCGCAACCUGGUUCGAGUUCGACGUUGGCAACACGUCGAACAAGAAGUGGUCCGGCGCCGACGUUUCCUCCAUCCAGGCCCAGGCCGCCAGGGAGGACGGCCUCGACCUCGAGAUCCAGGGAAUGAAGUCCUGCCACUCGAGCAUCUGCUCCACCAUCGGCCCCAACCUGAGCAUCGUCGACAACGCCUUCAACCUCGCUCUCAAGCUGGCCGAUGGUCUAGGAUUGAACAUCCCCGACACCAAGGCCAGCAUCGAGGUUACAAUCGCGUACGCCGGGUAG